AUGGCUCAAGCAGUAGCAUCUAAUUUUCGACGUCGUAUUCUUGGUUCAAGGCAAGAUACAACAAAUGAUGCAUUGCCUAUUACAUUAAAUUCAAAUAAUUCUUAUCAAAGCCGUCCAUUUACACGUAUUGAUAAACGAUCUAUUGAAAAAGUAUGGAAACAAAUGGAUCGUAUUGUAAAAUAUUGUCAAAUGCCAAAAAUGAAUUUAAAAAAUUCUCCACCAUAUAUGCUUGAUAUUCUACCAGAUUUUUAUCAAAUAUUACGUGAAAUAAUUACGAAUUAUGAAGAUCGUUUACAUAUAUUAAAUGAUAUUGAAUAUUUUCGUAUAUUUAUUGAUAAUCUUAUUGAUUUAUGUACAAAAACAAUUGAAUGUUUUAAACGUGCUGGUCAUCAUAUGUAUGAUGAACAAUCAAAUUAUCGAAAACAAUUUAUAAAAUUUUCAUUAUAUUUUUCACAUAAUUUAACUGAAUUAAAAUCUUUAUUUAAAGAUGGAAUAUUUGAAGGUGAACGUUUUCGUUUAACAAAACAAGAAGCAAAUGAAUUUUGGAAAAGUAAUUUUAAUGAAAGAACUAUUAUACCAUGGAAAGAAUUUAAAGAAAAAUUAAAUUCUAUUCAUCAAAUACAUUCAUAUAAUGAAUCAAUAGCUUUACAAAAUACAAUUGAUUUAACAAAUAAUAAUCAUGUAUCAAUAUUUGAAUUUGAUGUUUUUACAAGAUUAUUUCAUCCAUGGUCAUCACUAUUAACCAACUGGAAAUUAUUAGCUAUAACUCAUCCCGGUUUUAUGGCAUUUAUGACAUAUGAUGAAGUGAAAGCAAUAUUAACAAAUUGUACGGAUAAACCAGGUAGUUAUGUAUUUCGAUUGAGUUGUACACGACUUGGUCAAUGGGCUAUCGGCUAUGUAACAUUACAAAAUACAAUACUUCAAACGAUACCACAAACAAAACCAUUAAUUCAAUCAUUAAUCGAUGGAGAACGAGAAGGAUAUUAUAAAUAUCCCAAUGGAAAAAAUCUUCAUAUUGAUUUAUCUUCGGCUUUAAGACCAACAGAAUCUGAUCGUAUAUUUGUAUCCGAAGAAGAAUUUUCAAUAUAUUGUAAUAUGGGUACAAGUUUUGAAUUAUGUAAAAUAUGUUCAGUUAAUAAUAAAGAUAGUAAAAUUCAACCAUGUGGUCAUUUAAUAUGCCAAAGUUGUUUAAUAUCUUGGCAGAAUCAAAAGAAUAUCAAACCGCCACCAUUAUGUCCAUUUUGUCGUGGUGAAAUAAAAGGUUUUGAAUCCGUUAUUGUUAAUCCAUUUGAUAAUUCAACAAUAGAAAAUAAAAAAGAAUCAAGUCCAAAUGAAUUCGAUGAUCAAAAGAUAGACGCCAAUCCAAAUGUUCAAAACUUACAAUCACUUGCAACUACUCGUCCAAUAAAUAAUGAGAAUAAUCAUAAUAUGAAUGUUUUAUCAGAUAAUCAAAUAUCUUCAUCUCCUCCUCCUCCUCCUAUUCCUCCUCGUCCUGUGAAUAUGAAAUUAAUUUCAAAUAUUCCUCAACGAUUUCAAUUACAUCAAUUUCCACCAGUAAAUAAUAAUGAUAUUUUAUUACUUCCAUCACGAUCUUCAAGUAUUAAGCAAAGACCAUUAUCAUUAAUAUCAUCAAGUGAUAGUCUUAGUGAUUCAUUUAAUCAAUUAUCAUCUGCAUCAGGAGAUAUACGUUCGACUAGUUCACAAAAUGGUAUUAAUAAUCAUGUCAAUUCUGAAUAUGAAUCUAUAAAUCUAUCUUCUAAUGAUCAAUUUCGAACAAUAGAUGAUAUACGUAAUCGAUUAAUAUUAGAAAAUAAUAUUGAUCAGACACGUAUUGAAGCUGUUUUAAUCUUAACUCAAGGUUUAUCAUUAUCGAAACAAUAUGAAAUGUCUAAAUUAUUUCUUAAUCAAGUAAAACAUGAACAAGAAAAAUUAUCAGAUCAUAGUAAUGAACGUAAUUUUUCAUUUCAUUUCUGUAUAGCAACAUGCGUUGCUGCUGUUUUCUCUGACAUCGAACCGGAACCUCAAUUGAAAGAUAUUGAAAAAUUUAUGCGUGAUCAUGGUUGUCAACAAGAUGUCGAGGGUGGUACAAAUGAAUUAGAAGAUAAAGUUAAAUCGAUUAUAAAUGAAUUAAGAAAUGUACUUAAAGAAACAAUAGCAGAAGGAGAAAUGGAAAUGUUUCUUAAUUCCGUAAUGAGUUUAAUUUUACUUGUACCUGAAGAUAAAAUUAAUCGACCGAUUGCAAGUUUUUCCGAAGCAAUUGUCAAUGCAAAUCUACCAGAAAAAUAUGGACCAAUGAAACUUCGAGUGUUAACAAAUUUGAUUUACGUUGUACCAGAACGCAGUAAUACGGAUAAAUAUCGAAUUCUAAUUGAUUUAAUCAAAUGUGCACGAAAUCAUCGAUGCAUUAAUGCUGUUUCAGUUGGAAUUAAUCAGGUCAAAAAAUGGGUAAAAGAUUGGAAAGUAUCAACUGAACAAGUUCAAGAACUCUAUCAAAGUAUGCAUGAAGCAUAUGCAGCUACUGGAGAUUCUGCCAAUGCUUUACAACUUUUACUGGAAUUACUUGGUACAUAUACAAAAGAAACAGCAUCAAAAGCUCGUACUGAUGCAAUCAAAUGUAUUAUCAAUAGUAUAAAUGAUCCUAAUGUAUUCGUUAUGGAUCAUUUACUUUUACUUGAACCGGUGAAAGUUCUUGAAGGAGAAAAUAUUCAUAAUUUAUUAAAUAUUUUUGUUUCCGGCCGUUUACAAGAUUAUUUAGAAUUUUAUAAUAAGCAAAAAGCCUUUAUUGAAUCAUCAGGUAUUAAACAUGAUCGAAAUGUAACCAAAAUGCGUUUGUUAACAUUUCUUCAAAGUGCUGAAAAUCAAAAAGAAGUUACAUUUGAUACCAUUGAAAAAGAAAUGCAAAUAUCAACAGAUGAUAUCGAAUCAUUUAUUAUCGAAGCUGUUCGAACGAAAAUGAUACGUUGUAAAAUCGAUCAUCUUGCUCGAAAAGUUAUUAUUGAUAGUACUGUUCAACGAACAUUUACAAAACAACAUUGGCAAUCAUUAAAAGAAAAACUUGAAAUAUGGAAAACAAACUUACUCAUUAUUAAUAAUAAUCUUAAAACAAUAGUAGCAACAGCAAAAUAA